AUGUACGAACGAGUGAAAUACGCAAAGUCUGACUCAGAAUUCGAAGCCUCGUCAGUGUUAUCUGCUGUAGCUCCCCCAAAGAAAGCGAGCAAGAAAACGAGCCAGCGCAAAACCGUUGCUGCGAAGCAGACCCGAGACAUAUCGCCUUAUCCAGAAAUUGUUCGUAGCUUGGCUGCUGGAUCGAAGCGCAAAGCUACGUCACCACCACCUGAUUUUCCCUCAACGAACAGUAUUGAACGCCCUUAUCAAUGUACGAAAUGUGCCAAGUCCUACAGCCGCCACGAUCAGUUGUUGCAGCAUAUGAAAUGGCAUGAUGGGAUCAAGCCCUACAUUUGUAGCUUCUGCAGUAAAGCUUUCAAUCAACUUUGUAGUCUAAAAGAUCACAUACGGACGCACACGGGCGAGACUCCAUACCUCUGUUCUGAAUGCGGCAAGAGUUUCACCAACAGUUCAAACCUGCGGCAACAUUUGAUGCGACACAGCGGGGUUAAACCGUUCAAAUGCAAUUUGUGUCCAAAAUCAUUUACAACCAAAGGUCAGAUGACAUCCCACUUGACAACUCACACCGGAGUCCAUCCUUAUAAGUGCGAACAAUGCGAGAGUACAUUCACUAAAGCUAACUCACUGAAGAAACACAAACUCAUACAUUUGGGAAUAAAACCCUUUCCCUGUGACAGUUGCAAUAUGCGUUUCUCAUGCAAGGAACACCUAAAGCGCCACAAUCGUAUACACACGGGCGAGAAACCCUACAAGUGUCAGUAUUGCGAGCGCGCCUUCUCCCAGAGCAACGACCUCGCCAAACAUAUCCGCACGCAUGUUGGACAAAAUAUAUACCAAUGCACAGUCUGCAGUAUGAGAUUCAGACUGAUCAGUGAACUGAAACAACACUAUCCUACCCACUACGUCAACGGAGAUGACAUUCCCAAAAUACCCAUCAGCAAAGGAGUGGAAGCUCCCGUACUGAUGAUCAAGCCUGAAGAAUCUACGCCCGUAGUGACAUGCGAUCCGAGAAUAACGAUUACUAUAAAUAGCAACGGUCUGGAUAAAAAUGGUUUAGCAGGUGACAUUACUAUCGAUUUGUCCCCUGGCAAGAGUUAA